ACGGCAUUACUCAAAGAAAUAAAUAAAAAAAAAACAACCUAAAAACCGCGAGUUUUGAGUUAGAAUAACAAACACCUCCUAAGUUAUUUACUCAAAUUAAUAUUGUACUAAAUACUUUUAUAUGUGAAUUAACCUGGAAAAAAAAAAUGAUGUCAUCACGAGAGCUAUGGAAUAUUAUGACAGGACGGUCUUGCCUUACUGAUCCAGAAGCAGUCAAAAUUGAACUAAAUCAGGCUGGUGAUUUUAUUUUUAAUGGCCUUGACUCUUUCAAGCUUCCAAACUCAACAUCUGAAGAAAAAGUAAAAGCCUCUGCUGUUGUGAAAAGAAAAGAAUUUAUUAUUGAACUUAGCAAGCUUCUUAAUCUUGAUGAGUGGAGUACACAUGAGUUGUUUCAAAACUUUUUAAGAUUAGAAUUUAAAGGAUCUGGGCCGCAAUUUCAGGCAAUCAUAAAGCAUCCUGUGCAGUUGCAAGGUUUUUCUCUUAAGGUGUUAGAAUUUUAUUUCAAAGAGCGAAGUUUUCUACUAAAGUGCAUUAAACAUCUCAUAAUCAACUGGCAAAAUGAACUGUGUUUGUUUCAUAGUUCUUUCUCAAAAAUGGUUGAACGCUUUAUAAGUGAUGGUUUUAUUAAAAAGAUAAUAAAACAACUUCAUGACCUUUGUAAACAGUUAUGCACUCAUGAAGGCAAUAAGACUAAUAGUAAAGCUCUGGGUAUGUUGGCACAACAAAUUUUAAAGGAGCAGUGUGAACUUGUGGAGAUUAUUUUAUUUUAUUAUAAAGAUUUUGAAAUGACGUCUAGUAUAUUCCUGGAUUUAGCAAAACUUUUUAGGCGUCAACACUUUGGAAUGAGCCAAGUUAAUAGAAAACAUAUUAUAUCAGAUGGUCAAGUGUGGAUGAAACAGUUUGGUUAUUUAUCUUCGAUGGUUUUGUUGCAAGGAUUGGAUUUAGAAGCAGCUCAAAAUAAUUUAAACAAACAAACAAUAUCUCAUCAUUUAUUGACAAAUGAGGAAUGGAAAGUGAUUGAUGAGUUACUUAUUUCAUGGGACGAUACCCAGUAUCAAGGACCUGUUCUUAUUGGUUGGACAAUAUUCCGUCAUAUAUGCUUAUCCAAAGAUGAGCAAAAGUUAACAAGACAUUUUGGUGAUGCAGCAUUGCGGUGCAACUUAUUGCCUUUCAUAUUAGAGAUUUUAAAUUAUCCAAUUUUUAUAAAGUUAAACGAACCUCUUGCUGGUUAUGUAAAGUCAAUGAUAUAUGUUCUUGUUAAUUUACUUCUAAAGAUUUUUCAAGAAGAUUCAUUGCCAGAUUAUCAAAUACUAACUCCAAUAGUAUGCAAAGUCUUAAGUGAACCUGCUUUAUCUUCUCUUUUCUUUUUGGAGGAGUCUAAAUAUGGAAUGCAUAUACUUUUUGAUUCAGCAAGAAUGCAAUUUCCGUUUUUGUUUUGCCCUUUCCUCAAUUUUUUAUCCAGUUUAUGUACAGAUAAAGCAAAUGUUGAUUUGGUUUAUGAGGUCUUUGAGAAUCAAUUCAUCUUUGCCGAAUUAUUUGGUAAAAAUACUGAGUCAGAAAUCACAUGUGUUGGUAAAAUAUGGAAACGACUUAGUGAUCGGAUCAUAUUUUGCGAUAGUGUAAACGAAAAGUUUAUAUUACCUGCUGAUAUAAAUGGAAAAAUCACCCUACACAAACAAGAUUCCAGAAUGAUUUGUUGGACAUACACAUACUCUGGUUGGAGAUUUCUUUUUUUUUUGAUAAAUGAAAUUGUUGAUAACAUACAUCUUUUCUCAAGCGACUCAGGUGAAGAUGGAUUGCUAGUUGUUUUAAGUGUUGUUCAACUGAUUGAGAAAGUAUUAAAACAUACUCCUGACAAAAUGGAUGAGUUUGAACCACUGGUUGUUGGUGUUUUAAAGCUAACAAAGAGACUUUGCUUUUUUGAAGAACCACCUUCUGAUUUACUUGCAGUUUGCAUAAGUUGCAUUCAUAAUGUUGGUAUAUAUCAUCCUAUUGAGAUGUUCAAAGAACUCUGCAAUACAAAUUUUUUGCUUCAAGAAAAAUUUGUUUUUAAUGAGUUUAAUGCAACGCAUGGGCGCUUUGAAAAGAUUUUAGCUACUGUAGAGCAAGUCAAUGGAAAGUUUGAAUUAACAAUUGAGUAUUUGAAUUUCAUACAAAUGUUUGUUUCUAAUGCGAUGGGACAUUCAGAUGUUGCUCAAGUAUAUAUUGAUGUAAUUGUGAAUGUAUCAUUUAUAUUGAGAGAAAUUUUCUCCAAGUUUGCUAAAUGGUUGUAUAAAAAUGCUGAAACCAAAACUGCGAUUGGUCUUAAAUGUUUGAGUCUUGUUCAUACAAUCCUUUCUCCAACUUUUAAAGAUUACAUGGUUAAUGAAAAAAACUUUAAAGGAACUUUGAAGCAAAUGGUUCUUCAAGAGCUGUUUUAUCAACAGGCUGGUAGUUCUUUUCUCCUCAUUGUUACUAUUGGUUGCGUUGAGAUAGAAAAUAUCACAUUUUCAAGUCAAAAUACAAACAUUGUACAGAUGGUUAAACUCUCUUUGUCUGUUCUUGAAAAAUUACUUAAUUUCAGAUUAAAAGAGGAAAAUAUAUCUUCCCUUGAAGAAACAUUAAGCAGUCAGUUUGUGUUAAAAUUGUCAGAUAUUGACUUCGUUGAAACAACAACUAAAGUUUCAAUGUUUACUGUAAUUGCAAAAUACAUUUAUCACCAAGAAGAUCCAAAGUUGCCUAUAUUAGCUGUUCUUGUUUUACAUGCCCUAGCAGAAAAGUUUCCACUGCUGAUGACAGCAAAUCUUGGAGAAUCAUUAGAUGGUUUGCGUAAUGCUUUUGUCAAUCGAUUAUCUGGUCGAGUGGAAGCUAUUCGACUAAAAGUAGCUAUUCUUGAGUUUUUGACAGUCUGUGUUGAAAAACAACCAGGUUUGGUGGAAGCAUUUUUGCAUUUGAUCUCUGGAAAAGAAUUUGGUCAAUUUAGCUGUGUUUUACCUAUUUUAAAUAUAUUAUCAGAUACAAAUCAUUUAGAUGUUCUAACAUCUUCUUCUAUGAGUUUUUUGUCAGCUUUAUGGCUUAAUAGAUAUGAUAAAGCCAUGACUCUAAUUAAAAAAAGCAAAGAUUUUUGGUGCAAUGUUACCUUUCAUUUAACUUCAAACUUUAAACAAAUAACAAAGCCAAUGGUUGACACAGCACUUCAUGCUCUUAAUAUAUUGGCUAUUGAAACAUACUAUGUCAAAGGUGAACUUUUUGAUGAGGAGCUAAAAGUCCAGUUAAAAAAGUUAUCUGAUGGAAAAGCUUAUCUUGAAAUUACUAAGAUGCUGUUCCCUGAUGAAAGCGAUGAUGAAACAUAUAAAUUGAAUCUUGCUAAAACUUGGAAAAUGUAUUUGUCAGUUCUUACAGAAACACAAGCUGAUGUAUGUGGUUUAAACAAUAGCAUCGUUGUCGAACAGAUUUUUUCAGAGCUUUUGCUUUGUUUUGAUUCAUGGAACUCAUCUGCAAAGAAUGUGCAAAUUUUAGAAGAGUUAUCAUCACUGCUUCUUGUUCUUUUUAAUAAAUGGAAAGAAAAAUUAGUAGAAUACAAUAAACACGUAGAAAUUUUAGCUGAUAUUAUGGAAGGUUUAUCAGAGAGUAUUUUUGAUGGAGAGGCAGUCUCUACAGUGUUCAUAAAUUUGUUUGCAAUGGCGAGUAAAUUCCUCCAGUGUAUUUCAUCAAAAAAAUAUGAUCAAAUUGUUUUAAAUCGGUUUUUAAAACUUUCUUGUAACCAGCUGGCAUAUAUUAGACUGCAACAUCCUAAAUUGGGAGAGGCAUUAUAUAAGAUCAUUGCUUUGGUAUAUUAUUGAUAACUCACUUAUUGUGAUACUUUCUCAAGCUUGUUGUUAUCUUCGAAUGUCUAGUGUAGAUGAACGAAGUAAACACUUUUUACGAAGAGAACUUGGAACAGAAUUGAGUAACUUUCUCUACGCUGUAAAUCGAUUCAAAUCGAGGCGUGGUGUUCCUCCUUCUCCUAUAAACACAGACAAAACUGGGCAGCUCCGAAGAUCUCCAAGCAAGAUGAUUUCGUUGAUAGAUGAAAACGAGAGUUCUUUGUUCAAAUUAGUAGACAUUUUUUCUAAACAGCUUUUGCGGUGAUUUUAAAAUGUAGUUGUACAUAAAAUUCUAAGAAAACUUUAAAAUAAAA